UUCCCACAAUGCCCCGGUGCGGUGCAGCCGCGGAUGGAUGCUGCGGGAAGGGGCUGCCAUUUGCUGCCCCUGCCAGCGGCGCGCGGACCUGCUCGCUCUCCCGCAGCGGCGGCCGCCGCCCGCGCCGUCAGCCGGCCGGGCCUCUGCAGCGCCGCCGCCUCGGCUCCGUCCGCGGCCGCCGGAGCGGUCGCCAUGAACCCCAGCUCCUCGGCGGGAGAGGAGAAGGGGGCGACGGGCGGCAGCAGCGGCGCCGGGAGCUGCUGCCUGGGCGCCGAGGGCGGCGCGGAGCCGCGGGGCGCGGGGGCAGCGGCGGCGGUGGGGGCCGCUGCCCUGGAAGAGCCCGCGGCCGCCGGCCCGAAGGAGAAGGACGAGGCGCUGGAGGAGAAGCUGAGGAACUUAACUUUCCGGAAGCAGGUCUCUUACAGGAAAGCCAUCUCCCGGGCAGGCCUACAGCACCUGGUUCCCGCACAUGCCCUCAGCCUCCCCGUGGCAAACGGCCCGGCGAAGGAGCCCAGAGCGACUCUGGACUGGAGCGAGAAUGCUGUGAACGGAGAGCACCUGUGGCUGGAGACCAACGUCUCAGGAGACCUGUGUUACCUGGGAGAGGAGAACUGCCAAGUCAGAUUUGCAAAAUCGGCCCUGAGGAGGAAGUGUGCGGUCUGUAAGAUCGUCGUCCACACCGCCUGCAUUGAACAGCUAGAAAAGAUUAAUUUCAGAUGUAAACCGACAUUUCGAGAAGGGGGCUCAAGAUCACCGAGAGAAAACUUUGUGCGUCAUCACUGGGUACACCGGCGUCGGCAGGAGGGAAAAUGUAAGCAGUGUGGUAAGGGCUUCCAGCAAAAAUUCUCCUUCCACAGUAAAGAGAUUGUGGCCAUCAGCUGUUCCUGGUGCAAGCAGGCGUUUCACAAUAAGGUGACCUGCUUCAUGCUGCAUCACAUUGAGGAACCCUGCUCCCUGGGGGCUCAUGCUGCUGUCAUUGUCCCGCCCACCUGGAUCAUUAAGGUGAAGAAACCUCAGAACUCGCUAAAGGCUUCGAAUCGGAAAAAGAAGAGGACCAGCUUUAAAAGGAAAGCCAGUAAAAGAGGGACAGAACAGGAAAACAAAGGUCGUCCUUUUGUGAUAAAACCUAUCUCUUCUCCUCUCAUGAAACCAUUGCUUGUGUUUGUGAACCCCAAGAGCGGAGGCAAUCAGGGAACCAAAGUCCUGCAGAUGUUCAUGUGGUACCUGAAUCCACGGCAGGUGUUCGAUCUUUCUCAGGAGGGGCCCAAAGAUGCGCUUGAGUUGUAUAGGAAAGUACCAAAUCUGCGAAUUCUGGCCUGUGGUGGGGAUGGAACGGUGGGCUGGAUCCUUUCUAUUCUGGAUGAACUACAGCUGAGCCCUCAGCCUCCCGUCGGGGUCCUUCCUCUGGGGACUGGGAACGACCUGGCCCGAACUCUCAACUGGGGAGGGGGCUACACUGAUGAACCUGUCUCUAAGAUCCUUUGCCAAGUAGAAGAUGGGACAAUUGUACAGCUAGAUCGUUGGAACCUCCAUGUGGAAAGAAACCCAGACUUGCCUCCAGAAGAACUUGAAGAUGGCGUCUGUAAGCUUCCUCUGAAUGUUUUCAAUAAUUACUUCAGCCUCGGAUUCGAUGCCCACGUCACACUGGAGUUCCAUGAAUCCAGAGAAGCAAAUCCGGAGAAAUUUAAUAGUCGUUUUCGAAAUAAAAUGUUCUAUGCAGGGGCUGCUUUUUCUGAUUUCCUACAAAGAAGUUCUAGAGAUCUAUCCAAACAUGUUAAAGUUGUUUGUGAUGGAACAGAUCUCACUCCAAAGAUUCAGGAACUGAAGUUCCAGUGUAUAGUAUUUUUAAAUAUACCCAGAUACUGUGCCGGCACAAUGCCCUGGGGGAACCCAGGAGAUCACCAUGACUUUGAACCUCAGCGUCAUGACGAUGGUUAUAUUGAAGUCAUUGGAUUCACUAUGGCCUCUUUGGCUGCCCUGCAAGUUGGGGGCCAUGGGGAAAGGCUACACCAGUGUCGGGAGGUCAUGCUGCUCACUUACAAGUCCAUCCCCAUGCAAGUGGACGGGGAGCCCUGUAGGUUGGCCCCAGCUAUGAUUCGGAUCUCCUUGAGGAAUCAAGCCAACAUGGUACAGAAGAGCAAGAGGAGAACAUCCAUGCCUUUACUCAAUGAUCCCCAGUCUGUCCCAGACCGCCUGAGGAUCCGGGUGAACAAAAUCAGUUUACAAGACUAUGAAGGAUUCCACUAUGACAAAGAGAAACUUCGGGAAGCUUCUAUCCCUCUGGGUAUUCUAGUUGUGCGUGGAGACUGUGAUUUGGAGACUUGCCGUAUGUACAUAGACCGCCUACAGGAGGACCUGCAGUCAGUUUCUUCUGGCUCCCAGAGAGUUCAUUACCAGGACCACGAGACCUCCUUCCCCAGGGCACUCUCAGCUCAGAGACUCUCACCACGGUGGUGCUUUCUAGACGCAACUUCUGCUGAUCGCUUUUACCGAAUAGACAGAUCUCAGGAACAUUUGCACUUUGUGAUGGAGAUUUCCCAAGACGAGAUUUUUAUUCUGGACCCAGAUAUGGUGUUGUCACAGCAGGCGGGGACACCUCCAGGAAUGCCCGACCUGGUCGUGGAGCAGGCCUCGGGAAUGUCCGACUGGUGGAACCCCGCGCUACGGAAGCGCAUGCUGAGCGACAGCGGGCUGGGAACCGCAACUCCAGAGUAUGACGACUCAGAUUUGAGAGAUUUCAGCCACUCUCGCGUGCUACAGUCACCAGUCUCUUCAGAAGAUCACGCAAUUUUGCAGGCAGUAAUAGCUGGUGAUCUUAUGAAGCUAAUGGAAAGCUAUAAAAAUGGAGGCAGUCUGCUAAUUCAGGGCCCGGACCACUGCUCCCUCCUUCACCACGCAGCCAAAACCGGCCACGGGGAGAUCGUGAAAUAUAUCCUGGACCACGGACCUUCUGAGUUAUUGGAUAUGGCAGACAGCGAAACGGGUGAGACCGCACUGCACAAGGCUGCCUGCCAGCGGAACCGGGCUGUGUGCCAGCUUCUGGUGGACGCGGGAGCAUCUCUGAGAAAGACGGACUCCAAGGGUAAGACACCUCAAGACAGAGCCCAGCAGGCUGGAGACCCAGAUUUGGCUGCUUACCUAGAAAGCCGCCAGAACUAUAAGAUCAUUGGCCAUGAGGACCUGGAAACUGCUGUUUGACCCUGGUAGAUCGCAAAGAGAACCUGAGCAAGUGUAUCACCUGUGCCCUCCCGGCAAUUGGGCAGCUCCCCUGGAAGAAGCUGUUGGAAUCCACAAAUAUGUCUUUCUCUGCAAGAAUCUAGCUGAGACCAUGCCACCAGUUGUUAAGGGCUACCAGACAUGCAACAGAACAUGAUAGCCCACUGAGGAAGAGGCAGGAUACCUGGAGAUUUGUGGAAUACACAUUCCACAAAAUUUGAUCCUUAUUGCUUCCAGCAAGUAGCAUGAACUGCUGUGUUCACCUGUAUAAUUUAUUUUCGAGAUUCACAGGAUGUUCAUACAAAUGGCACUGCUCCCUCCUCCACCAUGCAUUCACGAUUCCUCCGUACUACACAAUUCUACUGCAACUACCCACCAUUCCAAAAAAAAAAAAAAAUACGAUCUGCUGUCUUUACACUCAGUCUCUGAAGACCACAAGACACUCUGGAGGUCUCUGAAAGCCCUCUGGAUGUCCUACAAAAAUGCAACUGUAAAGCUGCUCCCAUUUCCAAGACGAAAUAUACCAAGACUAUUAGUGAUUCUUUGCAUGUCUCCCCUCCCUCGUCCCUUUUCAUUCUGUAGGAGCUGGGACGUGCCACAUGGAUAAUGUCUACGUGUGUGCUGUAUCUCUAAGGUAUGGCGAGGUGGCAUGGGAGGGAACCCGGGGGCUGGCCCUGGCUGCAGGGAUGUUGCUGAUUGCCACGAAGGACUGGUUCAGCUUGGGCUGUUUGCACAACCCCAUACUGCCUACGUGUAGCCAUCUUUGCCUUUUGCUGUGAUAGAGACGAGCAAAGGAUUAAAUGAAGGCCCACGGCUGGUUUGGCAGAAUCACUGGAUUUUAAGUGCUGUUGAAGUUGCUGAGCAGAAAACCAUGUGUGGGGACUGUGGUUACAGGAAAUGGAGCACUGUGACAGCAUUUGCUUCUAGACUUUCUCGAGUGAUAAUAGAAAGCAGGCUAAUUGACUUGAAAUAAAACAGCCAAUGCAAAAGUAGCAACAUAUGUCAAAAUAACUCACUUAAGCGAGAACACAGUCACUGGCAUGUUGCACGGAGGCAAAUAAGUAGAGACUCUUGGGUGUAGUGGUGAGAGGGGUCCCGUUUUAGGUUUUCCUUGUAAGUGUUUGGUUUUCAUUACCCCGAGUAAGCCUUAUCCCAAGGACAAAGCCUUGUUUUAUGAGUUCCACUGCCGGAUUUCCAGGAUGGCUGGGUCUUCCCGAUGGACGCUUCACCUUUUACUUGUCAGGGCCCAAGGUCAUGCCUGAUGGCACUGCAACCCCAUUUCUUACAUAUGGGGUAGUCUAAUUUAUUCUUUUCUCUGUUUCUCCCUACCAGGAAAUUCUUAGUAAAAACCCACUGUGGGAACCCUAACCAGAAAUGUGUCUUCUGGCAUUGGAAUUACAACUUUGAAUCCCACCGUAGAUCACUUUAUACUUACUGGUCCCUCUAGUAGAGACUCUGUGAUAACUACUAGAGCAGGAGGAAAGGGCUCCUAACUUUCAGUGAACAUGUCUACUUGACUUGGGCAGAAGUCAGAAAUGAAAGUGGGUGAUCCAGGGUUGUUUCAGACUAAAACUGAUGUCUUCUGAGCUUUCUUCCAUUUUGUUCUUAGACAUAAGCAAAGUGCUUUCCUAGCGUCUCUGCAUGUGAACAUGUAAAUGAUUGUAUUUCCACUUUCACUUUAAAGGUCCAGAGGUGACGCAUUGCUUACCUGAAUCGCAUUUUGGUCACAUAUCAUUUUGAGAGGACACAUAGGAAAACUGUAUUAAGAAGAAAUAGCUUCUCUGGGGAUGGGGGUAAAGGAUCUCUUUAGCUGUUUCAAAAUCAAAUUAUUGGUGUCAUUUCUAGCUGUGGAAGCAUAGGUUGGUUAUGAGUUAUCUAUUUCCAUCUAUCAGUGUUUGCGAUGGAAUUAUCUGUUGGGUUUUAUGCUGAGGUGAGGAAGAUGGCAGUAGAUUGUCUCCAGAAACUGGAAAAAAAUAGGCUCCAGGAGAAUUUAAUCCCUGGGCUUCAUCUGGGAGUUUUCCAGUUGGUAGGAAUGUCAAAGAGAGGUGGUGAUGACAGAAAUAUAGUCCUUGAAACAGACUGGAAUCUGGCUUUGAAUGGUGCCUUCCCUUCCCUAGAUUGAGCCAAAUAGUUGGCCACACAGUUGCUUACCCAGAUCCCAUCUCUGGGAUGAAGGACUGUUUUCACCAACUACCAUCUCCUAUUUCUUUGUGAUGUUUCAAAGCAGCCCAGAGAGAAUUUAUGGUAUAGAUGGCUACAGGCCAGUUUAAAUAGGUCCAACUGAAGUCACAGUAAAUUCCUGGUAUGAAAUAGAUAAAGUAAUGACUACUGUAGGGGUUCUUAUGCAUUUGGAAAUCACUCCAAGCUCCCCCCCCC